UUCUGGGUCCCUGGGUUGAGAGGUAAACUAACUGUGUCUCCUCUUCCCUGGAUAGCAGCAGGCUGUGGCUUACUAGGCAAUGCAUCGCCAGAGCUCCAAGAGUGGAGUCGCUCUGCCUCCAGUGGGCCAAGGUCCUGAUGCUUGUCAAAUGCUCACCCGAGCUCAGCUUGGCCAGGAUCCCCAACAGAGAACGGUGCUAGGGGUGUUGACUGAAAAUGAGCAGUACAGGAGGACCUGUGGCCAGGAGAUCACAGCAAUCAGAUGUUUUUCUGGAUCAGAAAAUGUCUUCCCUGCGGCUGGAAAGAAAGUGCUCCCUGACCAUGGAGUCAGUGAGCCAGCCAAGCGUGGAUUUGAUAUCUACAUGGAUGACCCUGAACAGGGGAACAGAGACAGCUGCCCGGGGAGAGAGGGCAUCGUAUUUGAGGAUGUGUAUGAAGUCGACACCAGCAUGCUCAAGUCAGAUCUCCACUUCCUGCUGGAUUUCAACACAGUUUCCCCAAUGCUGGUUGACCCCACCACCCAUGCCCAGUCAGAGGAAGCAACGGAUUUUGGUUCAGAUGUGAUUAACGUAACGGAAUACGCAGAGGAGAUUCAUUGCUACCUUCGAGAAGCUGAAGUAAGACACAGACCCAAGGCUCACUACAUGAGGAAGCAGCCGGACAUCACGGAGGGCAUGCGCGCCAUCCUGGUGGACUGGCUGGUGGAGGUUGGGGAAGAAUAUAAACUUCGCACAGAGACCCUGUACUUGGCUGUCAACUUCCUGGACAGGUUUCUCUCCUGCAUGUCUGUUCUGAGAGGGAAAUUGCAGCUUGUCGGGACAGCAGCUAUUCUCCUGGCUUCGAAAUACGAAGAGAUAUAUCCGCCCGACGUGGAUGAGUUUGUUUACAUCACUGACGAUACGUACACGAAGCGACAGCUGCUAAGGAUGGAGCAUCUGCUACUCAAAGUUCUGGCAUUUGAUCUGACGGUUCCAACCACCAACCAGUUCCUCCUUCAAUACCUAAGGCGACAAGGAGUGUGCAUCAGAACUGAGAAUUUGGCCAAGUAUGUUGCAGAACUGAGCCUUCUGGAAGCUGACCCAUUCUUGAAGUAUCUCCCUUCCUUGGUUGCUGCAGCAGCUUACUGCCUGGCAAAUUAUAUGGUGAACAGACACUUCUGGCCAGAAACGCUUGCUGCAUUUACAGGCUAUUCAUUAAAUGAGAUUGUGCCUUGCCUGAGUGAGCUACAUAAAGCCUGCCUCAGUAUCCCCCAUCGACCACAGCAAGCAAUCAGGGAGAAGUACAAGGCUUCGAAGUACCUGCACGUGUCCCUCAUGGAACCACCUGUAAUUCUUCCCCUGCAGUGAAUGCCAAAGCUCACCGGCCAUGUCAGGAGGCUUGCUCUGAGGUUUCUGCGAGUCAGGCCAACUAACGUCAGUUGUACAUGACACCUUCAACAUGUGAAUGUUAGGUUCUCUUAGACUUCAGUAGUUUAUAAUUUAUAUAGCUAUAGAUGAGUAUUUUAAAAGAAUAAACAACUUGCUGUAUGGCCGUG